CCAGAAGCCUACCCGCCAUCUCCGCCGUGCCGAGGGGCGAGCGGCGCGCCGCAGGGCGAGCUGGGAUUCGUAGUCUGCUGGUGAAAGGCUUGCCCGAUGCCGUGAUGCCGGAAGGCAGAAAGCAGGAACGGCCGCGCUGCUCCCCAGGAGAGGUUCUGUCCCACGGGCAGGAGAGGAGCGUGUCGCUCCUCUGCCAGACCGACCGCGGCCCUCGGGCUGAGAGUGACCGCCGCUGCUGCCCCCGGUAUCGGCUCGGUGGGCCUUCCGCGGCUCGGAGGAACACGACGGGCCGCGCCGUUUCCCGCCCGGACCGAUAGUGCUAAGCACCGGGCGCCGUCGGAGCGCUUGUGCAGCACCGGAAGCCUCCACAGCUGGUGGGGCCGGGGCGGUGGCGGCGCCCGGUGAGUUCUGCCCGGUUCCCGGAGGGCAGGGCGGCCCCACCUCCCUCUGGAAGAUACAUAUAUUCUCCGCUCCCUUCGCCCUCUCGCAGGGCAGUUUGGUUGUCGGAGCCACCUUUCCCUCCCGGCGUAGCAGGACCGGGAUCUGCGGAGUCAAAUCCAGGCGAGCCGCUCACCUUCCCCCGGGCAUUAACAAAACAAAUAUGUUUCCUCUCAUACAACGAUGCUGCUUCAACACGCUUUUCAAACUGCAGCAGUUACCUGGUGCCAGCGUGCUGCUCCGUGGGAGGAAUAGGACAGCCUGCUCUUCCCUGGCCCUCCUCCGGCUGCAGAGACACGCACGGCCUCUCUCCACAUCUCUGAGCCUCAAGCCAGCAUCACUUUACACAGCCCAGCUCCGGCCUUUCCACACCUCUCUCCCCGUCUCCAAGAAGAAAACCUCUGCAGAAUCUGAGGCGCAGUCACAGGAAGGCCCGGGGUCGCUGAAGGAUUGUCCCAAGCCAGCCCUUUACUUAAGCCUGGGGGGGCUGGUUCCCUUUGUGGCCGUGCCUCUGGCCAUGGCCACGCAGGGCACCUACUGCCCAGAGCUGGCCUUUGCUCAGGUGGCCUACGCUGCUGCCACAGCCUCCUUCCUGGGGGGAAUGAGGUGGGGCUUUGCUCUCCCAGAAAACAGCCCGGCCAAGCCAGACUGGCUGAACCUGGCUAACGGCACAGUUCCUGCUCUGCUUGCCUGCCAAGCCUUGCUUUUCAAAGAUGUCACUCAGGGAGCACUGAUGCUCACGGUGGCCUUAGGGAUAGCGCUGCAUUAUGACAUCUCCCUUCUUCCUACUUACCCCAGGUGGUUCAAAGUACUGAGGGUGGUGGGAACAGUGGUGAUGGUAUCAUCCCUGUUGGCCACUGUAGCACUGAAAUCUUUCUUAGAAGGGGAGCAAAGGGAUGACAGAAAAAUACAGCAGAACAUAAAUUAGUAAGUAAGGAAAAGCUAUUAUCUGCUAAUAAGGUGUUUGUAUGGAGUUCCAGGAGAAAUAGAGACUGAUUUGUGCUUAGAACUCAUAUGAUGGCAGGGAUCAAGAUGCUUAUUCUUGAAGCAGAAUGAUUUUCCAGCUGACAGGUGAGGUUUGUUUGCAGUGGCAAGCCAAGGUCAGCACUCACCUGAAGUGUGUCAUUCAGCUGCUGUGCUGGAGUGGGGAAAAGCUGAAGAGGAAGCUUGGUAUGGCUGACAAGGUGCCACAGGAGAAGGAAGGUCAAAUUCCUCCUCAGGCUUAUUGAAAUUAAAAAGGCUAUUUGGGCCACCUGUUCCUAGGUUUUGUUUGGAUUUAGGGCUGCCUGGCAAAGGAAGCUGUGUGCAACACAGCCAAAAAGAUCUGCCAUACUCCCCAAUUAAAGGACAGUUAACUUAUGCUAUGACACAAGGACUUAAGUGCUGGCACUAAGGGAUCAGAUAAUGGGACUGAAAGUAGCUUCUCCCUCCUAAGAAUCCAUACAUUUGGACAGGUACCAACGGACUUCUAUGUAGCCUGCAAACCCUCUGUGAUGGGUCUAUUACUGAAACCACUGCAGAAGCAAAUGCUCUCUGUACUUGAUUCUUCCUAGCACAUCAUUUAGUCGAAGAUACAACCUAAGUCACAUGGAUUUUCUUUUUUGUGUCAGCUACCUCAAGAAGCCUAUGAAAUGGGAUGUGGGCCUAUUUCUUGUAAACUUUUUAUCAGAAGUAUUUAAGUACAGUGUAAGAUGCAGCAAGAAAGCUGAAAAUGCCAUCCACAUGUGGUCUUAGGACCAGAUAAUCCUCAUAGUUCUGUUAAAGCACUAUUCUUCAUCGUUGUUCUACACCAAAUAAAGCACGUGUUGUCCCUUAAAAUUUGUUACCUGUUUGUUCUGCAGAGAACAGAUGUUUAAGAAACCCUGCCUGUCCUGGAGAUGAAACCAUCUUGUAUGAUGUUGCUGAAACAGCAGCUCUGUACAUCAGCCUCUCCCUUUUGCAAUCUGUUAGCAUUUGUAUGUUAAAAGAACAUAAUAAGCAAUUAUGGGUAUCAAUUGCUCUAUGCUGAAUUAUGAAAGUACCCGAUUAAACAAAAUAUUUCAGAGCUUUUUCAACAUAAAGGAAAUAAAAUUGAGUUUGUGAAUGAAAA